AUGAAGUACAGAGUGAACAUUUUUGUUAUAUUUUUUCUGGCUUGUUUAACAACGUGUGUUCAGAAUUUAGAAAGGGGAGAUUCAUCUACCAUUUGUAGAACCGAUGAUGUAUAUACAGGUGACAAAUUUUACCAUUUCAAAAAAAAAAAAUACAUUUUGUAUGAUGUGAACAUAGGAGAAGGCUUUAAUCUACAAAGGGAAGUCCUUUAUAGAAUUGCUUUAGUCGUGUAUUACCUAAACCAAGAGAAUCGAAACCAACUGCAUUAUCUUGUUCUCCCUCCAUGGUGUUACUUAACUCAUUGGGGAAGGAAGACUUAUGAUAAAAUAAAAUGGGAGUUUUUUUUCAAUUUAAAUAUUCUUAAAAAUGUAAUACCAAUAAUGGAAUACUCAGAAUAUGAAAAACUGUUCGGAUCACAUUCGGAUUAUAUCCUUUCGUAUAAACAUAUAAUUGGGAAAUUUACAAGAGGAAAUGAAAAGAAUAGUUUUCAUAUUUUGGAUUUCGAUAAUUGUUACAUAGAAGAUUAUAAACUGAAAAGAAAUUUAUGUAAAUAUUGUGAUCAUAAAUAUUCAGUAGUAUAUUCAGGAAAUUGCACACAUAUGAAGGGGAAAAAAAUCGAAUGUAUUGAAUAUUUUUUGAUAACUAGCUUUUUUGUAAGCACAACCCUUGCUGAUAUAUUUCAUUAUGAUACAGAAUCGAUAUUUAUUAAACAAGGCAGUAACAUAUUAGUAGCAUUCCCGAAUGAAUUGUUUGAAAAUAAUUUAGAAGACGUUCUACUAUAUAAUGAAGAUUUGAUACAUGAAGGAAAUAAUUUUAUCAAAAAAAAUUUCAAGUCGAGUUCGAAAUAUCUGAGUUGUCAUUUGAGAUAUAACGAUUUCAGGAAAAUUCCCGCCUAUGACAUUCCGCCUAUAUCUAUUUCAAUUUUAAAAUUACUUUACAUUAUGUUUGUGCACAACAUGGACAAGAUUUUUAUAUCUUCAGAUGAGAAAACACAAAUUAAAAAAAUAAUUAAUAAAGAAUUUCCUCAAUUUAAGCAUUUCUUUUUUUUUUAUGAAAAUGAUAAUUUACAUACAGGACAGGUUGCCAUCAUUGACCAAUGGAUUUCUUCAUUGUCAGAAAUAUUUGUUGGAACCAUUUUUUCACGAUUCAGUAUGCACAUAAAAUGGGAACGAUAUUUAAUUGGAAAGGGAGAAGAAAAUUAUAAUUUGGAUUUAUGUGGAUACAAUAUUAACACAAAUCUAAAUUUGCAAAAACAGUAUUCCAACAUUAAACAUGUUCUUGUGGAAGAGGCACUACAAAAGUUACAUACUUUAUAUAAAAAAUUUGCAGAAAAAGAUAGAAACUAUCUCAGUACCAUUUGCUACGACUCUUCGCAUAACUACCCCCACAAUUUAAGCAUCUACCGGAGGAAGUACAUCCCCUAUUAG